UAGAAACAAUGCUGGGGAUGUAAAAAAAAUUCAAUAAAAUAUUUCGAAAAACAAUAAUUUAACUCCCAUAUUCUUAGUUAGUCUUAUGUUUAAGUGCACAGACAAUUAGCUGCUUCGGAAUAUGGAAAUGGCCAGAAGCAUAUUCGGUCGCGACCACGAGGGUUACGUGGGCCGUGAAGAACAUACGCGCAAACUGCAGACUUUGAGCUCCGAAGACGAUAUAGGUGAACUACCACCCAUGAUGGAAGAACUGAGCGUGGCUGAUGGCUUGCGUCCGAAUCCAGGGGGACCGUUUUCCGCAUUAACACCAUCAAUGUGGCCACAGGAGAUACUCGCCAAACUGGGCGGCGAAUCGGAACUAGCAGCAGCGGGACCCAACGAUCAACCCGAUUACCGAUUCGAUGAAUUUGGUUUUCGCGUCGAGGAGGAGGAUGGACCCGAGCAAAGCUCAAAUAAACUGCUUAGCAUACCAUUUAUGGAGGAUGCACAGCAACGUCUGCAGUGGAUAGCCCACCUGGAGUUUGCCCACAACAAAGAGGCCAACGAACUGAGCUGGGAGCAUGUCGAGCCGCUACUGCAGCGUACAGAAAAACUGCGAAAGAUGGUGCAGAACGGCAUACCGCACAGUCUUCGCCCACAAAUGUGGAUGCGGCUAUCCGGUGCGCUGUCCAAAAAGCGAAAAAGCGAGACCAGCUAUCAGGACAUUGUCAAGGCUUCCAGCAACGAUCAGCUAAUGACAUCGAAGCAAAUUGAAAAGGAUUUGCUCCGCAUAUUGCCAACAAAUGCGUGCUUUAGUCAUCCAAAUGGCACGGGCAUACCACGAUUGCGGCGUAUUCUGCGUGGCAUUGCGUGGCUCUUUCCGGACAUUGGAUACUGCCAGGGCACCGGUGUCAUUGUGGCCUGCCUGCUGCUGUUCAUGGAGGAGGAGAAUGCAUUUUGGAUGAUGGUCACCAUUGUGGAGGAUCUGCUACCGGCCUCGUACUACAGCUCAACGUUGCUUGGCAUACAAGCGGAUCAGCGUGUGAUGCAAACGCUGAUAGCCAACUAUUUAGCUAGCGUGGAUGAGUCCCUCAAACGGCACGACAUUGAUCUAUCGCUGAUAACGCUGCACUGGUUUCUUACACUAUUCGCGAACGUGGUGCACAUGAAAAUAUUAGUACGCAUAUGGGAUUGGUUUUUCUACGAGGGUUCCAUAGUACUGUUUCAGCUAACGCUGGGCAUGCUUAAAGUGAAGGAACAGGAUCUCAAGCACUUGGAAAAUUCGGCGCAAAUAUUCAAUUCACUUUCCAUGUGCUGCGAGGUGGAUGACGUAGAGGUGCUCUUCCGGCAGGCGCUUGAAGUGGGUGGAUCUUUGAGUCAAACCGUGAUCGACACACAUCGGCGUCGCCAUCUGGCCUAUUUGAUGGCCGAUCAAGGUCAUCAGAUUGGCAAUCCGGAGGCUGCCGCCAAUCUGCCCAAACAGCAGCUAGCCCGACGUCAAGUGCGCAAAAGUAAAUCGAUACUGGAAGCAUUUCUGUUUCGUGGCGAUCCCGAAUCGGAUCAGCUAAAGAAUAAAAACAUACGACAGACCGAAAUACUUGUGGAUCUGCGCGAGGCCAUACUAAAGGUGGGCCGUCAUUUUAUAACCAUCGAGCCAAAACUUGCGGGUCACAUACAACUGACGGCCAACUACAGCAGUGAAUCCCAUGCCAAGGAUCAUGAGAAUUUCAUCAAUGUCGCACGCACCCGUAAACGGCGCGCCAAAGCGCUGCAUGACUUUGAGAGGCAUGACGAUGAUGAGUUGGGCUUCCGACGCAACGAUAUCAUAACCAUCAUCAGCCAAAAAGACGAGCAUUGCUGGGUGGGUGAGCUGAACGGUUUGCGGGGCUGGUUUCCCGCCAAGUUCGUCCAGCUGCUGGAUGAACGUAGCAAAUUGUAUACCUCGGCUGGCGAUGAUGCCAUUUCGGAGACUGUUACAGAUCUAGUGCGUGGCACUCUAUCGCCCGCCAUAAAAGCAUUCCUCGAGCAUGGCAUGAAACGACCCACAUUCCUGGGCGGACCCAUACAUCCGUGGCUAUUCAUUGAGGAGGUUUCCUCGCUGGAGGUGGAGAAGGACUUUAAAUCUGUGUAUAGUCGUUUGGUGCUUUGUAAAACUUAUCGCCUGGAUGAGGAUGGCAAGGUAUUGACGCCCGAGGAGCUGCUCUAUCGCUGCGUGCAGGCCAUUAAUCAAUCACACGACAAUGCGCAUGCCCAAAUGGAUGUCAAACUGCGUUCGCUUAUCUGUCUAGGCCUCAACGAGCAGGUGUUGCAUCUGUGGCUUGAAGUACUUUGCGCCUGCCAGGAGGUGGUGCAGAAAUGGUAUCACACCUGGAGCUUCAUUGAUUCCCCAGGCUGGGUGCAAAUUAAAUGCGAAUUGCGCAUACUCUCACAGUUUGCCUUCAAUCUGAAUCCGGACUGGGAACUUCCGCCCAAGCGUGGCAAGGAAUCGCAGCCACUGAAGGAUGGUGUACGCGAUAUGCUUGUUAAGCAUCAUUUGUUCUCCUGGGACCUAUGAGUCGGCCUACGGGCAAACAACGUUACAAACGUGAUCUGUGGGAAUGCAUCGCAAAAAUAUUCGAUAUUUUUUUUAUAGAUUUGCGUAAUGCUAUUCAUUAAGUAUGUACAAUCAUGCACGUUGCCCAAUCCGCCCUAAAUUCCAAAGUAUUUAACCUGAUCAAAACCUUCGCGGGAACUAUGCUUUAAUAUAUAUUGCUUUCAUUUCUUGUGCAAUCUUUUCUAAGAAACGUAUAUCUUCGGCCCACCGAAGCAGACAUAUCCUUGCAGAAUAUGUAAUGGAUUUUCCCCAAUUUCCAAGGCAGCUUUUUGUUUAUUUACUCUGCAGGGGUAUCAACUAAGCUUGUUAAAAACUUCUUUGUUGUGCGCUUAUCAUUACUUUAAGCCCCAUUUUCAUACCUAUAUAUAUACAUAUAUAUAUACAUUUAAAUUUAGUACUUGCUAUUUAAUUACUUUAAAAUAUAUCCAUCCAUAUUUGUAGCUCCCACAUAACACAAAACCCAGCACACAAAGAAUUGUACUAAAUUACAAACAUAAUGUACCUUUGAAUUUAAAUCAAAUCUUAUAAAGUAUUUAUAAUAUAUAUACACC